AUGACCCUAGCUGACUCGACAUUUAAAUCAUCAAGUGAUAAAGCGGAUGCUUUAAACAAAUUCUUUGCCUCUGUAUUUCUUCCUCGUCCCCAAAACCCAUGUUCCCCUCCAUUAAGCACUGUCACUGUCCCUGUAACUCCAACUGCGUUUUCUGAUGUUUCGGUUGAAGAAGUUUGGCGUCUGCUAAAUAAUCUAUCCAAAUCGAAAGCUAUGGGUCCAGACGGGAUUUCGGCAAGGUUAUUAAAGGAGUGUUCGGAAGUCCUUGCUCCGUCUCUUACUGCAUUAUUUAAUAAAUCCAUUGCUAUCGGCAAGGUUCCUGCAGAUUGGAAGUAUGCAAACAUCGUUCCCGUUCCCAAAAACAACAAAACUCAUACUGUCAGUAAUUACCGUCCAAUUUCAUUAUUGUCUCUCGUGUCUAAAGCUCUUGAGCAUGUGGUCCAUAACCGAGUCUUAUAUAUUGUUAAACCUCUUCUUCAUGACCAACAACACGGCUUUCGUUCGGGAAAAUCUUGUAUUACUCGGUUUCUUGACGUUGUUUACAACAUUGGCAAGGCGUUAGAUUGUGGUAAAGAAAUUAGCAUGAUCUAUUCAGAUUUUUCCCAAGCUUUCGAUUCGGUACCUCACAAUAAACUUAAUUUUUAA